AGAGGAAUGCCAUGCAUCAAUAUAGUCUAUUGAUCAGUGAGGACAAGAUCGAUGAAGACUCUUCACUUUCUCCUAGUUUCUUUCUUUGCUUUCCAGGCGUUGUUGCUUGGUUCUAGUCCUACAGAAGCUACACGUUUGCGGACACUGUCACUGGGCUAUUCUUCAAGUACUGGAGCAACUCUGAAGAAAGUGAGUUUAAGGCCACCAACACAUCCACGACGACACUCGCCUCCACCACCAACUCCUGGCUAUUCUCCUGAACCCGGUCCAGGACGAACUCGAAGAUCUCCUCCGACUCCAAGACCUUUCAUCGUUGUACCAGCAAAUAAUUCUGAUCCUUCUGCUGCAUCAGCAUGAUUAUCGUAAUUUAGGAGCUGGAUGCGUUGCCUUAUAUUAUAUGUGUGUGUUUUACUCUACGUGCUUCACCAAAAUUAAAGUCUUUUAAGUCCUUCGCUUUCAUUGUGUGCUUUAAGAAAGAAAAACUUCAUGUGAAUUAUUUAUGUUCUGUUUGCUUGUAUAUGUGUAUUCAAAUAUUUGUUGGAGACUUGAGUUGAUGAUCCUA